GCACCAACAAAGUCUGACAGACACAUGAUGUCAAACAGGAGAGGCGGGAUUUAAACACUGCAUAUAACUUUUUCAGAGGUGUAGUAAGUGUUACAGCUCAGCAAAAAACCACAACCACCAGACUCAGUUUAUGGUGAACACUCCAAACAUAGGUCAACUUACUCUUCUUGUAUCAUGGCUGAACUAAACACCACCCUGGACUCUGCUGAAACCUCUCUGAACCAGAGCAGCUGUGAUGUGUUUGUGUACCAACGAGCUGCAGUGGUCCUUUUCCCCAUUUUCUACUCAGUGGUUUUUAUCAUCAGUGUGUGCGGUAACAGCUUGGUGCUCUAUGUGAUCUGCCAGAGGAAUCAGAAAUUCAACUCCACCUCCAUCUACCUGGUUAAUCUCGCUCUAUCCGAUACUCUGUUCACCCUGGCCCUGCCUGGCAGAAUCACUUACUACAUCCGACAUUUCGACUGGCCCUUUGGUGACCUUCUCUGCAGACUGACCACACUGCUCUUCUUUGCAAAUACUUAUGCAGGUAUUGGCUUCAUGACCUGCAUCAGCCUGGACCGAUACCUUGCCAUGGUGCAUCCACACAGGCUGCAGUGUUUGCGCAGUGUGAGGGUGGUCCGCAGAGUCUGCUGUCUGGUCUGGGCUCUGGUGUUUAUUCAGACUGCUCCUCUGAUGUUCCGCAGCAUGCUGCACAAGCAGCAGAACAGACUAACCUGCAUGGAGUACUUUAACUUUGAGGGCUCUCGCUUCACUCCCUAUCUCCUCCUCCUGGCCUGCACUCUCUCUUUCUGCUGUCCGCUUGCCAUUAUUAUGGGCUGCUACGCAAAGAUCAACCUGAAGCUGAGAACUGCAGCCAAGCAGAACUCUGUGACUGGUCGGUCAAAGAGGAGCCACAGGGCCAACACCAUUAUCCUCCUUAUCCUCCUCACCUUUAUUAUAUGCUUCAGUCCUUACCAUCUCAACGUUAUGCAGUUCAUGACCAGAAAGAUACACCACAAUCCGACCUGUGAGGAGCUGAGGGCCUUCAAGGUGUCUUUACAGAUUACAGUUUCACUUAUGAACUUGAACUGCUGCUUGGAUCCAGUCAUCUACUUCUUUGCCAUCAAGACCUACAAGAAGCGGGUGUUGAGUCUGUUCAAGGAUUAUCUGUACACUUCCGCUGUCUCCUCCAAAGUGACAGCUGACAACAGCAGCAGCAACACCUGAGAGAAACCACAGCUCGGCUUUCAGGAGCGAAACCUGAAACCUGUCACAGAGAAGACCUGGUGUAUUUAGUUUAACUCAAAACUGAGUAUUUCAUGUUGAUACUCUUUAUGAAAAUGACCAACAAGUCUGUCAUUUAAAAUAUUUUGACAGCUGUGUUUGUACAUAUGUCUGUUACUGCAAAGGAAAUGAGCAUAUCUGCUUCCUGCUGCAUUUUAACAAAUGAUAUUUUUCUGCUGGAUAGCUGUAUUUUAUUGCUUUUUCUUAUAUUUACUUUUUAUUUUUGACUGCUUUUCUACCAUAGAUUAGAUAAAUCUAUGUUUAUGUACAAUAGAGCCCUAUGGUUAUUUAUGUAUGUAUGCUAGGUGAGGAAAAUAUAAAAAAAACAAGAUAAAACUGCCAUUUUCAUGCAACAUUUUGUGGCCAUUAAUGUAGCCUAACAGCAACUUUUAUUUCAUUUGUGUGGAGAUCAUGAAAGGGAUCAUCAUUUUGUAACUAAGAGUAUAAAUUGUGGUAAAUAAUACAAUUCUGUGCUGUCAUAUUUUCAAGAUCACUAUUGCUAUUGC